AUCAGUUACAAGAAAUUCCAUGUUUCCUUUUAUUAAAAUAUCGCCAAGGUUAACAAUGUCGCUCGUGGCAGAAACACUGACUCAGGCGUUACGUCGUACCGUAUCGAAGGACACUACCAUUUCUUUAUUACGGGCGAUUUUCUUAUCGACAAGGGAAAACACGAGUAGAAAAAUUGCUCGAGCUGCACGAAGGCAGUUAUAAGAAAAUCGUAGAAAGAUUGGAAAAAAAUUGGCGAAGCAAGGAAAUUGACCGAAGUUCUACGAGCGAAAGUUUUCGAGUAUCUUCAGAUCACGAUUUAUUCAUGCGAGACGCUUCACGCACAUACGAAUUGAUAGAUGUGAAAUUGAAAGGUGCACUUAUACUUCCGGGUCAUGUUACUUCAAUCUUCGAAUCUCGAAACUAUUUUCAUUAAAGUUUCACGAGAUAGUAACAGUUUACCUACGGACGAUCGUUCCAUCUGGUUUUUCACGCAAGCGCCAAUGAUCGUUGCCCUUGGCUGUUGUCUGCAACCGUUCGAACAGUGUUCGAACAGUGUCCUACGAAACUCACCGUUCGGAGAAAUAAAAAGUCGUAUUAUCAGCCGAUAUGCUCGAAAAUAUUGCGAAUUAUCGUAACGUCCACUACAAAUCGGACACCGAAUACGUGUACCACGUAGCAAAAACGUUGUUGACGGUGAUCGGAAUCUGGCCUAAAGAGGAUACGUUCCCGAAUAACAUUAAAAUGUACGUCCAAACGGCGGUCGUCUUUUUCCUCAUGUGUUUCCUAUUGAUACCGCAUGUGAUUUACACGUACUUCGACUGCGAAAACCUGACCAAGUACAUGAAAGUGAUCGCCGCGCAGGUUUUUAGCCUUUUGGCGAUCAUCAAGUUUUGGACGGUGAUUACCAACAGAAAGGAAAUCCGAUUUUGCUUGAACGAGAUCGAAGUACAGUACAGGGACGUGGAAUGCGAGGAGGAUCGGCUGGUAAUGACGAAUUGUGCAAAGAUCGGCCGAUUUUUCACCACGGUGUACUUGGGGCUUAGUUACACCGGUGCUCUCCCCUAUCACAUUAUUUUACCUCUGAUAUCGGAGAGAAUCGUGAAAGAGGAUAACACCACUCAGAUACCUCUGCCUUACUUGAGCGACUACGUUUUCUUCGUGAUCGAGGACUCGCCGAUCUACGAGAUGACGUUCGUCUUGCAAAUAUUCAUCAGUAGCCUCAUACUGUCUACGAAUUGUGGCAUUUAUAGCUUGAUCGCCUCCAUCACGAUGCACAGCUGCAGCCUGUUCGAGGUGACCAAUAGAAGAAUCGAGGCGCUUUGUAAAUGGAGUGAACAGGAUUUACGUGACCGCGUUGUCGAUGUCGUUCAGUACCACCUGAGAGCAAUUGAAUACUCUGCGUUGAUUGGGAAAUGCCUUAGCAUUGUAUUUCUAUCGGAGAUGGUCGGCUGUACCAUUAUAAUAUGCUUUCUAGAAUUCGGUGUGAUUAUGGAACUGGAAGAUCAGAAAACGUUGAGCAUGAUAACAUAUUUUGUACUAAUGACAUCGAUCUUCGUAAACGUGUUUAUAAUAUCGUUCAUCGGCGAUCGUCUCAGACAAGAGAGCGAAAGAAUAGCAGAAACGUCGUACUUUUUACCAUGGUACGAUUUUCCAGUGGACGUGGCGAAGGAUAUACAGACGAUCAUUCUCAGAACUUAUCUACCGUCGAGUUUGUCUGGCGCCAAGAUAUUGAAUCUCUCGCUGCAAGCAUUUUGCGACGUCUGCAAAACUUCGGCAGCUUAUUUCAAUUUUCUGCGAGCAAUGACAGCAUGAAGAUUCACGCAAACUUCGAAAUUCAGAAGAUGUCUAACAACGUGUCCGUAAAUAAUUUAAUUGAAUAUAAAUCUUAACAUACUGCACAUAAAAAUGU